UCUUUAAUAUUAUCUGUGGUUAGGAUACGAGCAAAGCAACACAACACAUUGCAAUGCAAUUAAUACUGCAGUCCAAGUGGAAUUGGUGAUUUAUCAAGGAAAAUAAAAUAUUAUUAAGUGAACAAUUAUAAACAUAUUCACCAAACCGUCAAGCAACAUUUCAGUAACGGGCCAACAUGUGUCCCAUUUGGCCUCUCCAUCUGAUCAUCAUCUACCUCCUGGCGCUGUGCCCGCUGUGGGUGUUCUGCCAGGCGGUGCCCAACCUCCUCGCCAGCUUCACCCCCGACCUGGUCUCCGUGCACAUGGACGACUACUACUACGUAGAUGUUGCUGUCUCUGGCACGGGAAUGCAACCCGGCGACAGUUUCGGGUUAUCAACGGUGAACAAUCACAUAGCUACAGGGGAAUGGAAUUCCACGUAUCAACUGAUAGAGACCACGGACCGGUGGGAAGGGAGGAUAAGGGUCAGAGGGAACUUUUUAGGUAGAACAGACUUGAGUGUGGAAGGGAGGCGGGGCGCGGCGGCGUUCCCGGUAAACAACUCGCUGCCCGUGGUGGUCACGAGGCCGGUCCGGGUCAUUGACAGGGUGUUCACCUCCAGUGUUGCCACAUUUGUGUCCCUCAUCUUCAUAAACUUCGGGUGCGCGAUGCACUGGCCCACGGUGAAGGAGGUGGUGAAGAAACCUAUAGGGCCCGCCAUCGGCAUGGUCGGCCAGUUUCUGUUCAUGCCAUUGAUCUCGUUCGGCCUAGGUUUCCUCAUCUUCCCGGACACUCCAGAGAUGCGCCUGGGCAUGUUCUUCACGGGCGUGUCUCCCGGCGGCGGAGCCUCCAACAUCUGGACCUUCAUCCUCGGGGGAAACCUGAACUUGUCUCUCGCCAUGACUUCUAUGUCCACUCUACUGUCGUUUGCCGUGAUGCCCGCCUGGCUGUUCUCCCUCGGGCAAGUGGUAUUCGCGAACGCCAACAUCGGAGUGCCGUACACUCGGAUAGCCACGUUCGUGAUAGGCCUCCUAGUACCUUUGGGUAUAGGGCUGGCCAUGCAAAAAUGGACGCCAAAGUUAGCGGCGUUCAUGGUCCGAAUUCUAAAAGGAUUCUCGACGACGCUACUUUUGUUCAUCAUAGUGUUCGCUAUAGUGACAAAUUUGUAUAUAUUUGAGCUGUUCACGUGGCAGAUAAUAGUAGCGGGCAUGGGCAUCCCGUGGCUGGGGUACAUGUUCGGGUACGCGCUCGCUCGCAUUCUCAAGCAGCCCCACGCGGACGCGUUGGCCAUCUCUAUAGAGACGGGCAUUCAGAACACCGGCAUCUCUAUAUUCUUGUUGCGGUACGCGCUGGAUCAGCCUGAGGCGGAUCUCACCACGGUGGUGCCAGUAUCAGUGGCCAUCAUGACGCCGAUCCCCAUGACCUGCAUUUACAUCUACCAGAAGAUAGCGGCUUGUGUCGCAAACAGAAAUCAACACCGGAAAAUUGUCGAAGACCUCACUCCAGUAUCAGAGCGAGUCGAGCCCGACGUCGUCGCAGCCGCUGAUGUCGAAAAACGAAGCUGAGCGGGUCUAACGUUGUUAUGUCGCUGUUGUAUGCUUGUAGUAUGCCGGACUUGAUAGCUUGGGUCAAAUUAUUGACUAUUGUCGAUAAAUUUUAUAGAUGUAAAUGUUGAUGUUGAAAACUUUAAAUGCUUUUGCAAAAGGAAUUUAUGAAAUAGAUGUCAGUUGCUUAAGAAAGUAAGUUUGAGUUAUUUUUUUUUUUUGUUUUUACUGUUACAGUCGUGUUACGAAAGUAAGUUUUAACCCAAAAUAACAAUAUACUAAACAUGUUAAUUAUUAUUUAUUGCUAAUGAAUUGUUUAUUUACGUGUCUGACGAACAAAAUUUGUUGUUUUUUUUUUACUUAUUGUUGAUUUUUUACUUACAAUGUUUUUGACUUUCAAACAAUCCAUUAUAGUGAGUGCAAAUAAUAUUUUCUUUUUUUAAUUUAAACACUGUAAUUGUUUUGUUCAGCCAGCUAUAAUGUCCGGUAAUGUUCCCAGUUUUCGUAAAAAUGUAUUUGUGACACUAUAUUUUAUUACAAAUGUUGUAUCUUUUUUGGAAAACAUUUUUUGACGAAAAUCAAUGUCAAUUUACAAUAUAAUAAUAUACUGUAAGUUUACAAAAGGCAAAAUUAUUUAUAUUGUUUUUGGAGGUUUUAUACAUUUACAGAUAACGCCUUCAUAUGUUUUGGCGUAACUGUAAGGCUGGUCGCCCACUACAGCAGUGUGAGUAAAACCCGCUAAAUCGUAGUUACAGCAUUCAAAUUUAGUAAAUUGUGAUUGGUGUCCUUUUACAUAGGGACUCAUAUUUAUUCUUUUUGAUAUAUUUAUGGUGUAGACGUUACAUUAGACUUUUAAUUCUUCCUACUACAAAGAGGCAUUCAAAAACUCCUAUUUUUCUGGUGAAUAGUUUCUGAAAAUCCCACAGUAAUCCAUACGUGCUGUAGAUGAAUUUUCAGUGUAUUUUCUUCACACUGCUGUGAAAGACGGCCAGUAAAAAAAAUGACAUUCCUUCUGUCAUUUGUAUGAGUUCACCUAUAAAAGUUGAGAUCGCUGUCACUUGAAUAUGUUAUUGUGUUUAUUGUAUUACCUGUAGCAUUUAGCGUGCAUUAGGAACUUUACAACUGUAAUAUGUUGUAUUUUUAUUUGAGUUUAUUGUCUUGUUUGAACAUAAAAAUGGAAUGUAUGUUAUGUAAGAUACUAUUUUGUUCACGGUUCAAAAGUCAUUGAAAGUCUUUUGUAAGUGCUUUUUAAAGCAUUUAACGUUAAUAAAUUAUUCUUAACGAUUCAUAUACAUUUGACAUAAAAGCGAUAAUCAAAUACAGACCAAAAUAUCUUAUUUUGACAAUAUUUUUUUGUUUUUUUUUUCAACGGAUUUUUAAAAUGUUUUUUUUUUCGAUUCAACGCGACAUAUUUUCUCAAAACAGUUAUAAUAUGUCAUGUAUAGUUUUCCUAAUGCACGAUUUAACAUUCGCACUGAAUUAGGUUUUGGGAUUUGAAUGUAUUAUAGUUGCAUGGUGCCGUUUAUUUUAAUUGUGUCUCAUGUCCGACAAUCACAUGACUCGUUUUAUAGGUGAAACAGGUGUGGUGCGAGACGCCAUGUUGAAGAGAUCAGUAUUGUGUUAAGUUAUGAAAGAAAUCAAUAUUUAAUACAAUUUUGCAACUUA